AUGGCUGACUCUCGAACGCUACGCAUCGUUACUGCCGCGACUUUCUUGCCCGCAUUUCCCCUCUGUGUCGCGCACGGCGUCGUCUCAAGCAGCCCCGCCCCCGCGGUCGGCCUGGUGCCGCUCGCCUUCUCGGCCGGCGCAGGUAUUUUUAUAAAUUCGCGGCAGUCUAGGAGUAAGCAGACACUGUCAGAACCGGAGCCGGAGUUGGAGCAAGGGGUUACCGAGGAGAGUGCUCUGGAACAGGAAUAUGAGCGAGGACCAGAGACGGACACGCAACAGAGCCGAGAGGCAUCUGAUGCACCCAGUCCAGUCCCAGUGCCGAAAUCUACUCCGAUCCACCCAAUCCUCGUUUUCGCCGUCGAUACGAUCCUUGCUGCAGCACUCAUGGUAGUUCUGGUCUUCACAUGGAUUGAUUCUAGCGGCGGCAGCACUAACAGUGCCGAAUCGGCCAUGUUGGCCGCAUACGCGACCAUCCCACUACUAGUUAAUUUUUUGAUCCAUCUUUUCCUAGCGGUACGCGAAUUCUCUCGCGGCCUCGCACUCCCGGGGCUGACGCAAUACCUCGCGUGGCAGGCUGUUCCGCCCGAUUGUCCUAACUGUGGACACCAGCUGCGACCAGAUGCUCCUCCUAGCAUGCCGUGGCUUAACGAGGCGUCGCUACCGAGACCGAACCUCAAGAUCAAGAGCGUAAAGUGGAAGUUACCAGCAAUGCCCAAGGUGAAGGCGCCAGAAUGGAAGACACCGGCUUGGUUCAGGAAUCGUAGCGCACGCGGGUACGCGCCCUUGUUUGUUUCUACCGAUCGCGAUGAUGAGGAAGAGACUACUGCACCGAUUGCCCCGUACAGAGACGACCCCGAAGUGGGCGAGCCGUCUACUCGGCUUGAGGACCCCGAGACGCCGGAGCCGGAAGUGAUUGAUAUCGUGGGUAAGAAGAGCAAGAGGCUGGGGAGAAAUUCGUCGUCGUCACCCUCGGCUUAA